GCCUCAGAGCCUGCCGCCUUCUCCAGUCCCUCAUGACGGUUUGGUGCUGCCGAUGCUCUCUGGCCAGUCAUUUCAGAAACUACUGUACUUCUGAAACUGAAGGACAAUUUUUGCAUUCCUUAGUGCAGUAUUUGGGUGACAGCCUUGGGACAAAUGUUAAAACAAUGCCCUUACUAGAAGAAACUACUUUACCUGUGGAUGUACCACUGACUUUGCCAAUGGUAGUAAUAGGUAAUGGGCCUUCAGGAAUUUGCCUCUCUUACAUGUUGUCUGGAUACAGGCCAUAUUUGUCUCCUGAAGCUGUACAUCCAAAUCCUAUUUUGCAUAGUAAACUAAAAGAGGCUAGGCACCUCUCUAUUGUUGAUCAGGAAUUAGAAUACUUGUCUGAAGGCCUAGAAGGACGCUCUUCAAAUCCUGUUGCAGUACUUUUUGACACACUUCUUCAUCCAGAUGCUGACUUUGGAUUUGACUAUCCAUCUGUUCUUCACUGGCAACUAGAACAGCAUCAUUAUGUUCCUCAUAUUGUACUUGGCAAAGGACCACCCGGUGGGGCUUGGCAUUCUAUGGAAGGUUCUAUGCUGACCAUCAGUUUUGGAGAUUGGAUGGAAUUACCUGGGUACAAGUUUAAGGACUGGGCUGCUACUAAGCGAAGAAAUACAAAAUGUGACAGAGUUCUGCCAGAAGAAAUUGCUAGCUACUACAAGCACUAUGUUAAAGUCAUGGGCCUACAGAAGAACUUCAGAGACAACAUUUAUAUUACAUCUGUGUUGAGGCUUUACCGAGAACAGGACCACGAAGAUGAAAGCCAGGUGAAUGAACAUGUUUCAACACAGCAUUUCCAAAUGGAAGGGCAGGAUGGACAGACCUCACUGAUCAAGAGAAACUGGGAAAUCCAAGGUUAUCAGAGAGCAGCAGAUGGCUCUCAUGUACCAUUCUGUUUGUUUGCGGAGAAUGUGGCUCUGGCCACUGGAACAUUUGAUGCUCCUGGUCGCCUCCAGGUGGAAGGAGAAGACUUUCCCUUUGUCCUCCAUUCCAUGGCGGACUUUGGAGUUGCUGUUGGCAAAGGAAUGUUACGUGGGAAAACAGACCCAGUCUUAAUCAUAGGUGGUGGACUCACAGCAGCUGAUGCAGUUCUGUGUGCUUAUAACAACAACAUCCCUAUAAUUCAUGCAUUCCGUAGAAAGGUCACCGAUCCAGGUUUAAUUUUCAAACAGUUACCUAAGAAGCUUUACCCAGAAUACCAGAAGGUCUACCAUAUGAUGUGCACUCAGUCAGUCACUGCGGAUUCUAAUUUGCAUUCUUCUUAUAUCAGUUUUCCUGAAUAUCGUGUACUUUCAUUUCAGUCAGAUAUGAAAUGUGUCCUUCAGAGUGCCACUGGAUUGAAGAAGAUCUUAAAGUUCUCUGUAGCUUUAGUAUUAAUAGGUUCUCAUCCUAACCUAUGCUUCUUAAAGGACCAAGGCCAGGGUAUAGGGCAUAAUCCAAAUGAACCAAUUACGUGCAAGGGUAACCCUAUUGAAAUUGAUCCCUAUACAUAUGAGUGUACAAAGGAACCCAAUCUUUUUGCAAUAGGUCCUCUGGUUGGAGACAAUUUUGUACGCUUUUUAAAAGGAGGGGCAUUGGGCAUUGCACAACAUUUGGCUAAAAGGCAGAAGCAGAAACAUCAACUCAUUGUUGAAGGAGGAGGAGAUGGAGUGCCCUAAAGCAAGUAGUCACAACUAGGGAACUACAGGCAUAUGCUAACAAGUGAUCUAUUAACAUCUAAAGUCAUUGGUAGCCAUGUUUUUCUUAUACAUACAAGUUCUUCAUGCUUGUAUUGCCUUGUAGAGGGUGAUGAUGCUACAGUAUUUCAGCCUUUACAAAAAACAAAAAUACUGUCUUUUUUUUACUGGAGCUCUUUCCAGAUAAAGGAAGAGUUAAAUGAAAAUAAGCUGAUUGGCUUUGGUUUCAUAUAUAGUAAGAGAACAUGUUUACUUCUCUGGAGUGAAUUCUGCCCAUGAGCUUUUUAUUCUUCUUUUACAUUACAGCACUAGACUUGAGUUCUAAGAAUAGAAACUUCUUAACAUAAAUGAAAAAUUAAAGCAAACGUUCAGCAGUUUAUUUGCAGCAGAGAUUUAUUUUGCUAUGGGCGUAAUGGCAUCUACAGCAACCUCUUUGCACUUUUUAAUUGUCUGUGAAAUAAAGACUUUUUGCAAGGAGAAAUGCGCUAGUUUAUACUCUAGAUUUAGC